UUAGCUACCCACUCCAGCUAUUUUUAGCUAGUGGGUUUAACAAAUUUAUCUUUCUACUUGUGUUUUAAUUGCUUUUUUUCCUCACUUUUUUCCACUGUAGCCUAAGGCCGUUUAUAUCUGUAGUGUUCACUGCGCUUAUUUUCGAGAUGGUUGUGUUGAACAACAAUAACAACGGGGAGCCGGAGCUUAUCCUGAUCGAGGAGCGUUGCAGCUCUCUGCCUAGCUCCCCUGCCAAACGCGUCUCACCUGCCAAGAAAAAACAGUUCUUCAUCAAUCAGGCCAUACGCAAUUCCGAUCUCACCCCCAGAGCCAAGGGCAGGAAGAGCCUCCGGCGUCAGGAGAACAACCGUUAUCUGGCAAAUCUCCUGGAGAGGGAAGAGUGUUCCAAAGAUGAGGUGGAGACAUGUGAGACUGCUUCCCCCACCAUCUUCACCGAGGCCUGCACCAACGGAAACUACGUGGAGUACUGGAGUGACUUCAUGAACCGCUCAGGAGAAGAGCAGGAGAAACUGCUGGUCCUGCUAGAGGAAGAGGCCAAAAAGACCAGCACCAAAACGUCCAAAGACCAGAGGGACGAGAAUCCUGCCUUCAGCGCUCAAGACUGCUUCCAGAGGAUCGACCGGAGACUUCGUGCCACCCUGAAACGCAAACAGAUCCCCAUUAGAACUCUGGAGAUGCUGGAGGCUGAUCUGCUUCGCUUUUUCGAGGCUCAGCCACACUCUGUUUACAUCACCAAUCUGCCCAGCAGUUACGAGCGUCUUCUGCUUCAUGCUGUCUGUCAGUAUAUGGACCUGGUCUCUGCAAGUUCGAACCGUAACGGAGCUCGACAGACGAAGGUGGUGAACAAACAGGAGGAGUUCCUCCCCCCGUCUCCGUUGCUCUCUGCUUACCUGGAACAGCUGAGCUGAGAGAGGGGGGGGGGGACACGCCACUGCCACUCAGCCUGGCCAGUAUGGAUCACAGAUGCAGCUUUAAAAGAGCUUUAUUCGAAGGCAUGGCCCUUAAAAGCAGUCAAAGAGCUGAACACGGGCCGCUGUCCUACCAUACAGGGCUAAUGAUAUCAAUUAGCUGCCUAGUAGUUACCUUUCAGCACAAUGGAUUUGCUGUGUUAGAUAUUUAUAGUUGGGGUUUAGCGUACGUACUGGAAAACUCGUCUGACUUGUCGCGUCGGCUUUCGUACUAGCCAAAUAUUUCCUAUUUAUGUCGUCAAACAAUAUAUCUUAUGCUUCACCUUCAGACCAGAUAUGUGUGGUUUCGUCACUGGAAGCGCUCUCUUCGAAGUGCCUCAGUUUUGGUUUCAUCUAAACAUUUUAUAAAUACAUUCAUGUAGUAUGGUUCAACAAAUACUUUAAAAUGGUGUCACACAUUAAUGACUUGUACAGUUUAAUGAUCAAUUAAGAAAAGAAAAAAGAAAGAAAAAAAAACACACGGUACAUGCAUUUAUAUACAUAUGUAUAGCACAUCCAAAUCUGGAAACAUGCAUAUUUAUAAGAAGUUUAUUAGCUAUGUUUCGUAUGACAUUUUUAAAAAUUCUUUUUUUUUUUUUUUUUUUCUGUAAUUCUUUGGCUUCA